AUGUCAGCACCUACGUCCAAAGAAGCAGCCCUGAAAAUCAACAAAGUCCUGAAUGAGUUUGGUAGAUCUCCUCUACAUGGCACAGGACUUGCCGACCCAAAGUCGGCCAGUCCUGAGAUAGUGCUGGCGAUGGCUCUGGACGCCCUGAUCAAAGCAAGGCCAAUCUCUCACGAGUUGGUGCAGAAGACAAUCAAGAAGCUAAUCGAGGCCAACUACCACGAGAUCGACGUACUUUCCAAAACUACGUGGGAAGAUCGAACAAUGGUUCUGCAAGAAGGGGGUUACAACCGGUAUCGAGAGCAGGGCGCUACCAAUCUCGGUGAGCUCGCGAAGCUGGUUGUUGAGAGAUACGGUGGCGAUUUAAACAAUCUCGUCAAGCUGGCAGACGGCAAAAUCCACAAAGCUAGAAUAUUGAUGAAAGAGGUCAGGGGGAUGGGCGACUUGGCAGUGGAGGUAUUUUUUAACAAUGUUCAAAGCAUAUGGACAAGCAUUGCUCCUUGUCUCGAUUCACGGAGCUUAAAGACCGCAGCCGAGAUCGGGAUUGGAACUGAUUUGGAUGAAAUAUAUAACGCGCUAGAGCAGGAUCGUAUGCGCAUGAGUCGGUUUGCCAAUGGCCUCUCUGAAGUCCGACUGGAGAAAAGGCAGGAAGUAAUUGAGGAACUUUGA